GGUGAGCCGUGGAAAUGGCGCCUGUGGACCAGGGGGCGGCCGCAAAGCAGCUGAGGCGUAUGAAAGACAUUCACUACCUUCAUCUUUUGGUUCCAGCCUAUCGCUCAGAGCUGGAGAAGUUUUCACAUCUUACUCCGCUCCUCACUCAGAGCGACGCAGCCUCUCGGCCCGUUGCUACAGCUGGAUCUCGCUUAGGGGGGCACGGCUAGGAUGGAGAGUCCGAGCCCCGGGGACUGCGGAGCUGCACCUUUGAUCACCGCCACUGAGCGCCUAGACUCAGACCGGCCCUGUGACCUCCGGCAAGUCAUUGUCCCCUUUCGGGCCGCAGUUUCACCACCUGAAAAAUGGGAGAGAGGGAGUAGGGAGGAAGAUGUUGCUCUGGGAUCAGAAAGAGUGGGAGAAGAUGAGAAACAAAUAGUGAUAAAAAGCAGCAGUGAGUGUACUCCUCUGCUAGAGGAACCCUUGGCUUCUGCUGAGUUUGAUGGCACUGCAGUGACAGAGUGCCACAAGUCUGUCCCAUGCGGAUGGGAAAGGCUUGUGAAGCAAAGGUUAUCUGGGAAAACAGCAGGAAGAUAUGAUGUCUAUUUUAUCAGCCCACAGGGACUGAAGUUCAGAUCGAAACGCUCACUUGCUAGUUAUCUUCACAAAAGUGGAGAGACUUCUCUUAAGCUAGAAGAUUUUGAUUUUACUGUACGUCCUAAAAGGAGCAUCAAAUUAGGAUGUCAAGACCACAGCAUGGCAGGUCUGACAUCCCGACUGCAAAGCAGUUCAAACCGGAGCCUCAGAACACGGAGCAGGUGGAAACAAAAUGUGAGUCCUCUGCCAAGUGGGAGUUUGGAAUUGCAAGAUAGCAGAGAACUGUCUAACUUUACCGCCGUUCAUCUGCUUUUGAAAGAAGAUGAGGGAAUUAAUGACAUUGACUCUAGAAAGGUUAGAAAGUCCAAAGGAAAGGUGACUAUUUUGAAAGGAAUUCAAAUUAAGAAAACUAAAUCAGGGCCCCGGAAGAGACUUCCAGAUCCUGUUCAUAGUGACAGGAAAAGAGAAUCUGUGUAUACUAAGUCAGCAGAUGCUGCAAGUGAGCCUCUUGCACAAGAAAGUCAGACAGAGAGAACUUGCUGUGUCUCAGACAUCAGAGCAAGCGACAAGACCCUCUGUGUGACCCAGGAAGAGGAGAGGCUUGGUCAAGAAGAAUCACUGAGUUCAGGAUCAAAGUUUGAACAAUUCACUUCCGGCAUCAUCAACAGAUUUUGUUUGACCGAAGAAGCUGAACACAACAAGAAGUAUGAGGAUACCUUUUUAGAAUCUGAGGAAGUAAGAAAAAAAGUAGAAGUUGGGGAAAGGAAGGAGCAUCUGCAUAUUGACAUUUCAAAAGAUGGCUCUGAAAUGGAUAGCUGCUCACAAACUGAGAAAGACUCUACUGUGAAGAUACUUCAAGAAGAUACCAUCCCACGGACACAGGUAGAAAAAAGGAAAACAAGCCUGUAUUUUUCCAGCAAAUAUAACAAAGAAGCCCUUAGUCCCCCGAGACGCAAGGCCUUCAAGAAAUGGACGCCUCCUCGGUCACCGUUUAAUCUUGUCCAAGAAACACUUUUUCAUGAUCCAUGGAAACUCCUCAUUGCGACUAUAUUUCUCAAUCGCACCUCAGGCAAAAUGGCAAUCCCUGUGCUUUGGGAGUUUCUGGAGAAGUAUCCUUCUGCAGAGGUAGCAAGAACUGCAGACUGGAGAGAUGUUUCAGAACUUCUUAAACCUCUUGGUCUCUACGAUCACCGAGCAAAAACAAUUAUCAAGUUUUCAGAUGAGUAUCUGACAAAGCAGUGGAGGUAUCCGAUUGAGCUUCAUGGAAUUGGCAAGUACGGCAAUGACUCUUACCGAAUUUUUUGUGUCAAUGAGUGGAAGCAGGUACACCCUGAAGACCAUAAGUUAAAUAAGUAUCAUGACUGGCUUUGGGAAAAUCAUGAAAAGUUAAGUCUAUCUUAAAACUCUGAAGUUUUCAAACUUGUUUUUUAUACAUUGCUUCGCGUUUUGAUUCUUAAAAAUUCCAUUAAGCAUGACCGACUACCUUUCCAAGUGUAUAGAUUUUAAUCAGCCCAAUUGGAAACCUAAUGUAUGUUUUCUUAAUGUGUGUACCACUGGUAGAUCUUUGCUACUGAAUGUGCUAGACCAUGUUUGGAAAUUGUUUUUAUAAAAUAAAUUAUUUGACAACAGUCCUAAAAAUGUAUAUGACUUUUCCAAUAAUGCAAUGUGAUUUGAAGUUGAAAAAAAACUUUUCUAAGGUAUUAAUAAAACAAAGCAAAUUUCCAACAUUUGUGCUUAAGGGAAGAUUAGACUUUCUGUUCUCAUUCUGUAGAAGAUAUUACGCAGUUGUUAGAUGAAGCAAAGUUUUCAGUCACAUGUAAGAAAAGACAGAGUAUAUUAGGCAAUUAAUUAAUAACAAUAUUUUUAUUAAACAACACUAAGCCCCAAAGCAAAAUAAGUUUAUUUUGUCAUCAUGUGUUCUUGAUGAUGCUCUGCUGGCCUUUAGGAAUUAGAGAUUUGACCCAGCACCCAUUUGAUAACUGAAUGUGAAUAUCUGUCUGCAGUUGUUUCAGAGUGUUCACUUCUGGCUCAUGUACCUUGUUCCCUAUAUGAAACGAGCAUUUACCCAUCUCUCGUCUUCCAGCUGGAGUAUAGGACCUUUUUCAUUUUAUGCCUUUUUUUUUUUCUCCCCAGGGCCACACCCGUGGCAUAUGGAGGUUCCUAGGCUAGGGGUCUAAUGGGAGCUACAGCUUCCGCCUACACCACAGCCACAGCAACAUCAGAUCUGAGCCACAUCUGCAACCUACACCACAGCUCACAGAAAUGCCGGAUCCUUAACCCACUGAGCAAGGCCAGGGAGCGAACUUGUAAUAUUAUGGUGAAAUAAGAGUUUUAACCAAGGGACAAACCCCCCCUCCCCCCGGCUGAAAAGGCAGCUGCGAACCUUUUCAGUUAUGCUCACCUCAUACCAUCCUUCUUGUAAUUAGCUAGCAACUAUGUACCCUAUGUCCAAGCCAGCAGCCCUGCUAAUCCUGUUCCAAGCAUUGCUUAUCAGUUUCGCUUCCUAACCUUUCUUGCUCAGUUUCUUAGGGAGGAAAACUGUCUGCUCCGGGAAGGGGGAGGUCUGGGGCUGCUUACAUGGGGAAAACAAGACCUUUCAUUGUAUAAAAGUUGCUGAGAACAAAAACCUGGUGCUAAGACUCUGGAGGUGACUCUUCUGAGCCCGCAUCGGUGGUGAAUAAACCUUGCUUUUUCUCA